CACGUGUGGUGUAAGAAGGGCGCGGAGCAGAGCAGUACGGAGUGGCCAAGGCGCAGGAGUACGAGAGAGUUUCGCCGAUCACCAGCAAACAGAAUGGUGCCAAUAUUACGGUGCUUACUGCUGCUGCACACUAAUGGGGUGGAUGCAUCCCUCAACUUUGCCGAGACCGGGUGGGCCCUCCAAAACGGCAUCACCUUGGCCAGCAAGAGGGAAUUUUUUUUGGUAUCCAAGGCCCUGGUGGUGUGCAAUUAAA